CUCAUUGUGAGCGCCGUGUACAGGGACUUCUGCCCGCCGUGUUUCGUGGCCGUCCGCCAGCCUUUUCCCGUUACCUUUGCUCGACCAGCUAUAAAAUGAGGUAAAGGGUGUAAUGCGAGAAGACAUUCCACUCAUCAUGCCAUUUCUUCAGGGCAGCUGCAGUGUGGACCCAGAGCUCCUUGCCAUGUUGUGCAGAAGGCUGAGGACCUGCACAAACUAUACCCACAAAGGUCUGGCGGGUGGUUCCUGGCUUGGGCCCUGGAUCCGGUGCCGCUGGGGCCAUGCUGCUCCUGUGCUGGAGUCACGUGCUCUGGGAAGGCCCUUCGGCCACCGCAGCGAGCUGAAGCAUGGCAGGCGCAUCGUGGUGAAGCUGGGGAGUGCUGUAGUCACGCGGGGAGAUGAGUGCGGCCUGGCUCUGGGAAGGCUAGCAUCCAUCGUAGAGCAGGUGGCAGUCCUGCAGAACCAGGGACGGGAGAUGCUGAUUGUAACCAGUGGUGCCGUGGCUUUCGGCAAGCAGAGGCUCAGGCAUGAGAUCCUGCUCUCCCAGAGUGUCCGGCAGGCUCUGCAUUCUGGACAUGGCAAGCUCAAAGACAUGUCUAUGCCAGUGUUGGAGGCGCGGGCGUGUGCAGCGGCUGGCCAGAGCGGCCUGAUGGCACUCUAUGAGGCUAUGUUCACGCAGUACAGCACGUGCACUGCCCAGAUCCUGGUGACUAGCCUGGACUUCCACGAUGAGCAGAAGCGCCAGAACCUGAACAGCACUUUGCACGAGCUGUUGCUGAUGAACAUCGUGCCCAUCAUCAACACCAACGAUGCUGUGGUGCCCCCCCCAGUGCCCAACAGCGACCUGCAGGGGGUAAAUGUGAUCAGCAUCAAGGACAACGACAGCCUGGCAGCGCAGCUUGCUGUGGAGAUGAAGGCUGACCUCCUUAUCACACUUUCUGACGUGGAAGGCUUGUAUGACAACCCUCCGGGGACAGAUGAUGCUAAACUCAUUGACAUCUUCUACCCUGGUGACCAGCAGUCCAUCACUUUUGGGACCAAAUCCAGGGUGGGGAUCGGAGGCAUGGAAGCCAAGGUGAAGGCAGCCCUGUGGGCACUACAGGGGGGCACAUCUGUUGUUAUCGCCGAUGGAACAAACCCCAAGGUCACAGGCCAUGUCAUCAGCGACAUCGUGGAGGGCAAGAAGGUGGGCACCUUCUUCUCAGAGGUGAAGCCAGCUGGUCCGACAGUAGAGCAGCAGACGGAGAAGGCCCGGGCAGGGGGCAGAGCACUGGCCAGCCUGCUCCCGGAGCAGAGAGUAGCCAUCAUCCACCGACUGGCUGACCUUCUAACAGAGAGGAAAGAUGAGAUCCUCAGUGCUAACAAGAAGGAUUUGGACAUCGCUAUCGCUGCAGAUAGUCUGUCGCAGCCCCUGCGAAUGCGGCUCAGCCUCUCACCGGCGAAGCUGGACAGCCUGGCCACUGGGCUGCGGCAGAUCGCCACAGUGUCUCGGGGUAGCGUGGGUAGCGUGGUGCGACACACACGCGUGGCCAGUGGCCUGGAGCUGCAAGAGGUCACAGUGCCCAUCGGCGUGCUGCUCGUCAUCUUCGAGUCGCGACCCGACUGUCUGCCACAGGUAUCCGCCCUGGCCAUCGCUAGUGGCAACGGUCUCCUGCUGAAGGGGGGCAAGGAGGCCAGCCACAGCAACCGCAUCCUGUACCAGCUAAGCCAGGAAGCGCUUACCUGUCAUGGGGUCCAGGACGCUGUGCAGCUGGUGAGCACACGCGAGGAGGUUGAAGACCUGUGCCGCCUGGAAAAGAUGAUUGACCUGAUCAUCCCACGUGGCUCCGCUCAGUUGGUGCGGGACAUCCAGCGGGCGACCAGGGGUAUCCCUGUAUUGGGCCACAGUGAAGGCAUCUGCCACAUCUACGUGGAUGUGGAAGCCAGCAUCAACAAGGCUGUCAAGAUCGUCAGGGACUCCAAAUGCGACUACCCUGCAGCCUGCAAUGCCAUGGAGACACUGCUGGUUCACAGGGAUCUGCUGAGGACGCCGCUCUUCGACCAGAUCAUUGACAUGCUGAGGGCAGAGAGGGUGAAGAUUCACGCCGGGCCCCGAUUCGCUUCCUAUCUGAGCUUCAGCCCCUCUGAGGUCAAGUCCCUGCGCAUGGAGUAUGGUGACCUGGAGUGUUGCGUAGAGGUGGUGGACAGCAUGCAGGAAGCUGUGGAGCACAUUCACAAGUACGGCAGCUCGCACACCGAUGUCAUCGUCACCGAGAACGAGGAGACAGCAGAGCAGUUCCUUCGGCAGGUGGACAGCGCAUGCGUCUUCUGGAACGCCAGUUCCCGCUUCGCUGACGGGUAUCGCUUUGGCCUGGGGGCUGAGGUUGGUAUCAGUACGGCCCGUAUCCAUGCCCGUGGGCCCGUGGGCCUGGAGGGGCUGCUCACCACCAAAUGGAUCCUGCGGGGGGAGGGGCAGGCCGUGGCGGACUUCUCGGGUCAGAGCAGCCUGCAGUAUCUCCAUGAGAGUAUGCCAGUCACUUAGUUGCCACUUCCUGAUGAGACCUCCUCCUGCUAGCCCCUGCAUACAGGGCUUGAUGAUCUCUAGCACGUUCUGCUUGCAAGCAGAGAAACUUACUGUAAAAUGUCUCCCUCUAGUGGCUGAGAUGCAGAAACCCAAGAAUGUUUGCCUGUCGCGACUUGUUUCUAGUAGUGAGAAGAAGUCAGGCAGGACCACCCACGUCUGUAAAAAAGGAAUUUCUUACGGCUGCUAGGCGAACAGAGGCUCACUUAGCGGUGUUCUCCUGCUUACAAUCAUUGUGAAAAUGCUCAGGUGUCACUCCUGUUUUUAUUUAGACAAUAAUAAACAUAAAAAUGCAACAGCAAUAAACAGGAAACUGGGAAUUAUAUAUUUUCAUCAUAGGGUGCUAUGAUCUUACUAUGUACAUUAUACAGCGAUCUGUGUAUGUAUAAGAGGCAGUUAUAUAGUUGUCUACGUGUGUGUAUGUAAGUUCUGGGUUAAAACUGACAUCGGCAUCUGUUUCAGUAACUGAUGAGUUAUUUUUCAGAUAAUAAACGUAUUUUCAGCCACAAAUAUA